AUGGGUUUGCUUUCUCUUCUUCGCAGCUUGAAACAAAAUGACCGUGAAGCACGAAUUCUGGUGCUUGGGCUUGACAACGCCGGAAAAACUACCAUCCUGCGAGCCCUUUCUGAAGAAGAUAUAAACCACAUUAUCCCAACUCAAGGAUUUAAUAUAAAAUCCUUAGUCCAUGAAGGAUUCAAGCUGAAUGUCUGGGAUAUUGGCGGCCAAGAAACCAUCAGGCCUUACUGGAGGAACUACUUUGAUCACACAGACGGGCUUGUGUUUGUUAUUGAUAGCGCUGAUAGAAACCGUUUGCAAGAAGCUGGGCAGGAAUUGCAAUCAUUAUUAGAAGAUGAUAAACUUGCAGGAACUCCUGCGCUGGUCUUCGCAAACAAACAAGAUCUGCUUCAAGCGCUCCCAGCUGAUGAAAUUUCUGAUGCUUUGAAUUUACAUUUAAUAAGAGAUAGACAAUGGUGCAUCAUGGCAAGUUCAGCAAGAACGGGAGAAGGUCUUCAAGAAGGCAUGGAGUGGCUUGUCCAGACUAUUCAGAAGUAA